CUCACGAGUCUCUGCCACACCGUCUCAUAGCUUCACAUAGUAUUUCUGUUCUGUGUCCAGCAACCUCUUACUCUGAAGUGACUGACAAAACGUCAAUGUUGACAGUGAGAUGAACACCGAGAAGGAGCCAGGGGUCGUCAUCGUCACAGUGAAUCGUUUUUUGGAAGAGGCUCUAUCAUCCGGGAGGUCAAAGAAUGGAUAUGUUUUCCAGGAGAUGGAGUUGCGAGAUGGGGAGCGGGAGGAAUGUGGCGAGGGCAAAGUGGGGAACCACGACAACACACCUAAGGACCACUAUGACACUCAGAUCCAAACAGGGAUAUCAGAUCCAGAUGACCCUGGGGAUGACCCUGGGGAUGAUCCUGGGGAUGACCCUGGGGUUGGGCUCCUGAACACCUCAAGAAAAUAUGUGAAGCUGAUGAACUUCCAGGAGGAAGUGCGUGGCCACCGGGACCUGGAUGGCUUCCUGGCCCAGGCCAGUAUCCUAUUGGAUGAGAAGGUGACCACUCUGGAUGAGGUGCUGAGGCGCAUGCUGACCCACGUAAUGGAAGACGGCCUCGGUAGCUGUUACAUGGACGAGGUCAUGAACACGGUGUUCACUGACACAGGAGGAGAUGAGGACAAUGUCCAAUUGUUGUCCGAGACCAUUCAGGGUGUGACUGCUACUGCCAAUGGAGUCCGCUACCAGCAGUCCUGGCUCUGUGUCCUAUGCAAUGUGAAGAGCCUCCAGAGACGCCACGUCUGCAUCGCCCGUCUGGAAAGACCACAGAACUGGGGAGCAAACUGUUGUAAUGCUCGAUAUGUCAUCCUCAUUCUCUCUCCACCUAGAACGAAAAGCACCAAGACAGCUAUCGAGCUGGGCCGCACAUUCGCCACCAUGUUCUCAGACAUCUCCUUCAGACAGAAGCUGCUGGACGCCAAGACCCAGGAGGAGUUCAAACAAGAGCUGGUGCACCAGCGGCAUCAUCUCUCCAUAGUCAAUGAGAAACCAGCUACAGAGAAGCAAAUGAUCCACGCAGAAACAGACCCACGCAGCAAAAAAACACUAAAAUGUGCAGAUUUCUUUAAAGUUGGCCGAGGUAUCUAUGAGGAUCUCCGUCGGCGACUACCACUCUAUCCCUCAGACUUCACAGACGGUAUGCACGGCAAAGACCGCUCCUGGCUGAAGUACACCACCACCGCCAUCUUCCUGUACAUUGCCAUUCUACUUCCUAACAUCGCCUUUGGUUCGCUGAAUGACGAGAGUACUCGGGGAGAGAUAGAUGUCCAGAAAGUCAUCGUUGGCCAGAGCAUCGGAGGAGUGAUCUACUCUCUGUUUGCUGGUGCUCCUCUGGUUAUCCCACUGACUACUGCACCCCUGGCCAUCUUUAUCAGCGUGAUCCGGGGAAUCUGUGAUGACUACGAUUUGGACUUCCCUGCCUUCUAUGCCUGCAUCGGCCUGUGGAACAGCUUCUUUCUCAUCCUGGGAGCACUAUUGAACGUCAGUCUGUUCAUGAAGCUCUUCAAACGCUCAUCAGAGGAAAUCAUAGCCCUGUUCAUUUCAAUAGCCUUUGUUGGGGACUCGGUGAAAGGCACUGUCAAAAUCUUUAAUUACUUAUGCCACGGGCCCAUGCUGGCAACCAAUAACAGCACUCGGGUGCUUCUAGAGAUCAAGGAGUUAAUGGAGAAGGCUGCAAAUGCAACAGAGAGGCUGGGGAGUGGGACCAACCAUGGGGCUCCUGUGGUGGAGCAUGUCAAGCAUGUGUUUCUGCCUGAGUCUCUGGUCCUGUGUACAAGGGAGAGGCCUAUCCUCUGUCUCCUGCUCAUGCUGGGGACUCUGUGGUUGGGAUACGCCCUCUACCAGCUGAGGAGGAGUCCUUAUCUGCAUGCCAAAGUGAGAGAGGUGGUGUCUGACUGUGCCUUACCCAUCGCUGUCGUUAUAUUCUCCUUCAUUGGUUCCUUCCUUUUCCUUGACAUAGAGCUUCCUGUGUUCAACUUCCACAACGGGAAGAUCUUCAGGCUGGCCCAGUUUGACAAGCUGACCGGCAUGAACUGUCUGAGUGCUGUAGGCUUAGGCUUCCUCCUGGCGUUGCUCAUCUUCAUCGACCAGAAUAUUGUCAUAUCACUCACCCACGUCCCCGAAGCCAAGUUGUUGAAGGGAACUGCGUUCCACUGGGACCUGAUGCUGACCGGCUUCAUCAACAUCCUCAUGUCGUGUCUGGGGUUGCCGUGGAUGCACGCCGCAUUCCCACACUCCUCCCUGCACGCACGUCAGCUGGCCAAGGUGGAGCUGCAUGUGGAGGGGGGACACCUCUAUGAAACCAUUGUCAAUGUGAAGGAGACGCGGAUCACGGCUCUGACGGCUAACAUCCUGAUCGGCCUGUCAGUGUUCAUGUUGCCCAUCCCUCUGCAGUGGAUCCCCAAGCCUGUCCUCUACGGCCUCUUCCUCUACAUCGCAGCCACCUCCCUUGACGGCAACCAGAUGUUUGACCGCAUGCUCCUCCUCCUCAAAGAACAGACGUCCUACCCUCCCACCCACUAUAUUCGGAGGGUGCCCCAGAAGAAGGUGCACUACUUCACGGCCCUGCAGAUACUGCAGUUGAUCAUCCUGUGUGCAUUCGGCAUGUACCCUCUGCCCUAUAUUAAGAUGAUCUUCCCCUUCCUGAUGAUCCUGCUCAUUCCCAUCAGGACUAACCUGCUGCCAAGGGUAAUCGAGGCGAAGUAUCUGGACAUCAUGGAUUCCCAGCACAUGUAGACAGACAGAGGGAGAACUCUGAAAGGACUGAUACUUAAGGCUCGAUUCAAUCCGUAGUGCUGAAGACCUGCGCUCCAGCUCGAUAGAAAUUUAAAGGCAAUGUUCCCGCGUUCGCGGAGACUGCAUUUACAGUAGGCACUGUCGGCUCAAUCGGAAAUUACCUUUAAAUUACAAUCGCGCUACAGCUCAAAUCUUCAGCUCUACGGAUUGAUUUGAGCCCUGAAACUACAAGGGAAACAAAAUGUAUUUUGUAAACUGAUUAUGUAGAUACAUGUUAAGGCACUUGGACUGCAAGAGUACUAGACUGUGACUGGGUUGCAGCCGGUGAUUGACAAAUGGAUAUCUGGAUGGACCACAAUCGUACCUUUUUAUUUGCUACGUACUGUAGUUGCUUAAUCAUUGUAGUUGCUUAAUCUAUGUAGUUGCUUAUAUAUUUAACAUACUCUUUUAACCUCCCUUCUUAUUGUAUUCUGAGAAAUACUGUACAACACCAGGCAUUAUCUAAUGCUGCCGCUGACCCACACCCUACCUUUGUAUAACAAGUUCAUUGAUUUGUUUUAUAUGAAUAAGAUAAACAUUUAGAAAGAUAAACAUUGUUUGGGUUUUAGGCUGGGAUCUGCAGAUAGUCAUGGUUGUUUAUAGUUCAAUAUUUUUGGAUACUUAUACAAAAUCAAUUCACAGUGAAUAGACCAGAUUGCAAUGCAAAAGUGCCAUAACUUCUGCAAUUACAAAGUAACAUACAGGAUAUUAAUGUAAAACAAACAAUAAAUAUGUUGCACAGUAUACUGCAUUCCUGCUGUUUAAGCUGUUACCAAACGAAUAAAGCCUUUUAAAUCA